CAAUGGCAAGAACACAGCGAAGUUUCGUUUAAAUUGUCGAAUACCUCAACGACAGACAGACAGAAUUACGACUAGAGAUAAAGAGAGAUUGACCCAGAUUGCGAUUGAUUCAGAAAUGGGGAGGGUUGCUUUGCUCGCAUCGGAUUUGGUAAUCUCAUUCAUGUGGGUCUUGUCAGGAGUUUUAAUCAAGAAAUUUAUCCACAAUGUUUCGGGGUUGGGUCACGAACCCAGUGGUGAUAUCCUCUACUUCGCCCUCUCAAUCAUCAACAUGUUUUUCUUUGCUUUCUUGGCUAAGAUUACCAAGGGUGGCACCUACAAUCCUCUCACCGUUUUCUCUGACGCAAUCACCGGCGAUUUCAGCCGUUUCCUUUUCACUGUUGCUGCCAGAAUCCCUGCUCAGGUUAUUGGCUCUGUUGCUGGGGUUAAGCUCAUAAUGGAGAUCUUUCCUGGAAUAGGUCUCGGGCCACGUUUGACUGUUGACAUCCAUCGAGGGGCCCUUACAGAAGGAUUGCUGACAUUUGCAAUCGUUACUAUCUCACUUGGUCUUUACAGAAAAAUCCCGGGGAACUUUUUCAUGAAGACAUGGAUCUCAAGUGUUUCCAAGUUAACUCUUCAUAUUCUUGGCUCUGAUCUGACUGGUGGUUGCAUGAACCCAGCUUCUGUGAUGGGAUGGGCUUAUGCUCGCGGAGACCAUAUAACCAAGGAACAUAUUCUUGUUUAUUGGCUUGCCCCAAUAGAGGCAACUCUACUGGCAGUAUGGACAUUUAGGUUGCUAUUUCCACCAAAAGAGGACAAGAAAGCUAAAGCAGAAUGAAGUGAUUUCAACUGAUUUGUCAUCUGUUUUCAGUCAGUCAAACGGAUGAUCUAACCUGGUCGCACUGAAGAAGCUGGUAACUGCUGUUUUUUCGCUGAUAGAAGCUGGUCAUGCUCGUAACCACGCAAGUUUCUACUGUAUAUGAAUGAAAUCAUUGUAGCAUUGCAUAUGUAAUUUCUGUUCAUAUGGUGCAUUUUAGUCCCUGUAUUGCUCGUUGGUUGCUUUUCCAAAAAUGAUGACCUACGGACUGCAUACCAACUUUCAGACUAGAAAUAUCAUAGUUCCUCGUUCUGGGGUUUUAGACUUGCA